CUUAUCCCUCGCCGCGCGCUUGAUAUUCUCCCACGCGCAGGCUUCUUCCUCCUCUCCAACGCACGGCGCUCCCUCUGUCUUCUUCCCAUGGCCGAGCGCGCCUGGAUCUUCUCCCUCCCAGGCGUUUGAUAGAUCGGCCGCUUGUUCCUCUCCGCUGCUCGCCGGUUCCCUUUCCCCAAGCUCCAUGGCUGCUACACCUCCCCAGCCGAGCGGCUCUUCCCCACGGCGCUCCCUCCCUGCUUCUCCCUCCCUCUCGCGUCUUCUCCUCGCCGGCGUGCUCCUGCUCCAGCCAUGGCGCGCGCCCCUGCUUCCAUGGAUGCCGCACCCGCUGCUUGCUCCCCUUGCUUCUCCAGUCCGAGCUCCUUCCCCUCGACUUCCCAUGGCCGGCUUCGUGCUCACCCAGCCCCUGCUCUGUUUCUUCCACGGCCGAGUCUCUUUUUCCUUUGUCGUCGCCGUUUUCCUGUGCCGCGGCCUCGCCCAGCCGUUCCUCCUCUUUCCUCUUGCUCGGGUUCAGUCCAGUUCGCCCCUGCGCUUGCCAUGGUGGCCGUCGCGCCCAUGCCGGCUGGAGCUCGCUCGGCUGCGGUCUCGUCCCGGCUCCCUGCUGUGGCUCGCCGCGUCCCUGUGUUUGAAUUGGUCGACCUUCACUCUUCUCCCCAUGGUCGGACAACCUCGUCGAUGCUGCUAUUUGGUGGUCGCCUCUUGGCCUGAUUUCGUGAUUGCAUCUGCACUCCUUUGCUUGGUCUGUCGUCGUUCUCCAGCUGUUCAGCGCAUUCGUCGGGCCGUGCUUUGUGUCGGAGUUCCCUCCCUGCAGACCUCGUCGUCGCCCAUGGUCACAGAUCUCAUUCUCGCCUCCUGUGCGCGCUGACAGCAUUGUCUCCUCUGUGCUCGCUGGCCAUCACGGCGUCCCAGUCUAUCGCGCCGCGCUCUAGUCGUCGAUUCGCGGUCAUGUCUGUUUCUCCAUCAAUCUCCCUCAACGGACCCGCCCUUCACCUUUGGUCGUGCCAGCAGGCACUUGAGUCACCGUCCUCGACGUUUGUUGACGCGCGGGUCGCCUCGGCCUAGGUCCUCGUCUUUCACCAGCAGCUCGUCACGGGACCGGGUGUCGAGCUCCUUUCCCAACAAACGCCGGACCUGCAUCUGCGUGCGCCAUCAGCCUUAGCUCGUCGGUCACGCUCGCUGGAUGUCCGAUCAAGGACUUCAACUACAGGUUGUUGUCGUUCGUGCAAACAUCAAAUCAAAUUGUGAUGUGGUACGAUAAUUCAUCACGUGAUGCGAAAGAUGAGCUGAGUCGACCCCAAGAUGCUGUUAAGCGUGGGCUUCUUCGCAAAGUGAUACUGAUGGACGAACCUGAAGAUGGAUAACCUGAUCAAGUGCCAGGACAAAAGAUAGUCGUCAAGUGGAUGUCACCUAACAACACCAACCUAGUGUUAUCAAGGCAAGCCCCGGUGCAUUUGCUACCUCCUUGCUAUUUUCAAAUCUUUAUCACCUUAUAUGAUGCAUUAGGUGAUAGAAGUUGUGUGCUAAAUAAUUGUUGUAUUUCCUUCCUUGAAAAAUUGAUUACCCUUCCUUGAUACCCUUUUUGAAAAGAAUUUUAUGAUGCUUA